AGCUGGAGGAAUUGCUCUUCCUCCCCUGCGUUCUGAAAGGAAGAUCAAAGGAAAAUUUGGAAUGGAAGGAAGAGAUAAGACAGGAGCACGCAAGAGCCGGCGGCUGGUCCCCACUGGUGUCCAAUAAAUACCAGUGGCUGCAGAUUGACCUUGGGGAGAGGAUGGAGGUCACCUCUGUGGCCACCCAAGGCGGGUACGGGAGCUCCAACUGGGUGACCAGCUACCUGCUGAUGUUCAGUGACAGUGGCCGGAACUGGAAACAGUACCGACAGGAAGACAGCGUCUGGGGAUUUUCAGGAAAUGCAAACGCAGACAGCGUUGUGUACUCUAGGCUACAGCCUUCUGUCAAAGCCAGGUUUCUGCGCUUCCUUCCUCUAGAGUGGAAUCCUAAGGGCAGAAUUGGGAUGCGGAUCGAGGUGUUUGGAUGUGCCUACCGAUCAGAGGUGGUUGAUCUUGAUGGAAAAAGUUUCCUGAGCUACAGAUUCAAUCAAAAAUCUCUGAGUCCCAUGAAAGAUACGAUUUCUUUGAAAUUCAAAACCAUGCAGAGUGCUGGGAUCCUGCUCCACAGAGCAGGGCCCGGUGGAGAUUCCAUCACACUGGAGCUGAGAGGAGGAAGGCUUUUUUUACUCAUCAAUGCAGGUGAAGCUAAACUUCCCUCUACUCACUCUCCAACCAAUCUCACCCUGGGCAGCCUGCUCGAUGACCAGCACUGGCAUAGUGUGCUCAUUCAGCGACGGGGCAAACAGGUCAACUUCACAGUGGAUGAGCACAAGAGUCGUUUUCAUGCACAGGGAGACCUCAGUUACCUGGAUCUUGAUUAUGAGAUCAGCUUCGGAGGGAUUCCAGCACCUGCAAAAUCUGUGUCAUUCUUGCAUAAAAAUUUUCAUGGAUGCUUAGAGAAUCUCUAUUAUAACGACGUGGAUAUCAUCGAUCUGGCCAAGCAACAAGAUCCCCAAAUCAUCCUUAUGGGAAAUGUGUCAUUCAUUUGUUCACAACCACAGUCUGUGCCUGUGACUUUUCUGAGCUCCAGGAGUUUCUUAACCUUGCCAGCCUCUUCCAGAGAGGAAGGGGUUUCCGCCAGUUUUCAAUUUCGCACCUGGAAUGCAGAAGGACUUUUGCUGUUCAGUGAACUUCAAGUGGUUUCUGGGAGUCUCCUCCUCUUGCUCAGUGAUGGAAAACUUAAGUUGAAUCUCCACCAGCCAGGAAAAUUACCCAGUGACAUCACAGCAGGCGCCGGAUUGAAUGAUGGGCAGUGGCAUUCUGUCUCAGUGUCAGCUAAAAGGAAUCACCUGAGUGUGGUGGUAGACAGCCUUGUGACCCCGGCUUCUCCUUCACUGGGGCCUGAGCAGAUAUACUCAGCGGGCACCUAUUAUUUUGGAGGUUGUCCGGACAAAAGCUUUGGAUCCAGAUGCCGCAGCCCACUUGCUGGGUUUCAGGGGUGCAUGCGGCUCAUCUCCAUCAAUGACAGAGAGGUCGAUCUGAUUGCUGUCCAGCAGGGAUCCCUCGGGAACUUCAGUGACCUCCAGAUAGACUCCUGUGGAAUCUCAGAUAGGUGCCUGCCUAACUAUUGUGAGCACGGGGGCAAAUGCUCUCAGUCCUGGGGCGCCUUUCACUGCGAUUGCACCGACACGGGUUACACGGGAGCAACCUGCCACAGCUCUAUUUAUGAGCAGUCAUGUGAAGCCUAUAAGCACAGAGGAAAUACUUCCGGCUUUUACUACAUAGAUGCUGAUGGAAGUGGUCCUCUACGGCCCUUUCUUCUGUACUGCAAUAUGACUGAAACGACGUGGAGCAUCGUACAGCACAACGGCUCGGACCUGACCCGGGUCCGCAGCGCCCACCCCGAGCAGCCGCACGCCGGGGUCUUCCGGUACCCGGCCAGCGCGGAGCAGCUGCAGGCCACCAUCCGCCAGGCCGAGCACUGCCAGCAGGAGCUUGCCUACUACUGCAAGAAGUCACGGCUGGUCGAUCAGCAAGAUGGAAGUCCUCUGAGCUGGUGGAUUGGAAGGACCAAUGAAACCCAGACUUACUGGGGAGGCUCCGUGCCGGAGCUCCAAAAAUGUACUUGUGGCUUGGAAGGGACUUGUAUUGAUGCCCAUUACCAUUGUAACUGCGACGCAGACCGGAAUGAAUGGACGAACGACACUGGAUUCCUUUCUUAUAAAGAACAUCUACCGGUAACAAAGAUUGUGAUUACAGACACUGGGCGGCCACAUUCAGAAGCAGCUUAUAAACUGGGGCCUCUGCUGUGCAGGGGAGAUAGAUCCUUCUGGAAUUCAGCGUCCUUCAAUACUGAGGCUUCGUACCUUCAUUUUCCAACUUUCCAGGGAGAGAUUAGUGCUGAUGUAUCUUUCUUUUUUAAGACAACAGCCCUAUCUGGAGUCUUUUUAGAGAACCUGGGAAUUACUGAUUUUAUACGGAUAGAGCUACGCUCUCCGACCACGGUAACCUUUUCCUUCGACGUGGGCAACGGGCCCUUCGAGAUCUCGGUGCAGUCGCCCACCCGCUUCAAUGACAACCAGUGGCACCACGUCCGGGUCGGCAGGAACAUGAAGGAGGCGUCCCUCGAGGUGGACCAGCUCUUGCCCAAGACACAACCGGCCCCGGCCGAUGGCCACGCUCUCCUGCAGCUCAACAGCCAGCUCUUCGUGGGUGGGACAGCCACCAGACAGAGAGGAUUCCUGGGCUGCAUCCGGUCCCUGCAGUUGAACGGGAUGACCUUGGAUUUGGAAGAAAGAGCCAAGGUGACACCUGGGGUGCAGCCUGGAUGUCCUGGACACUGUGGCAGCUACGGAAAGCUGUGUCGCCACGGAGGGAAGUGCAGAGAAAAGCCCAGUGGGUUCUUCUGUGACUGCUCGGCCUCGGCGUACACGGGGCCAUUCUGCUCCAACGAGAUUUCUGCCUAUUUUGGAACUGGCUCAUCGGUGAUUUACAAUUUUCAAGAAAAUUAUUCCUUGAGUAAAAACUCCAGUUCUCAUGCCGCGUCCUUUCAUGGCGAUAUGAAGCUGAGCAGGGAAAUGAUCGAAGUUAGCUUCCGCACAACACGCUCCCCAAGCUUGCUGCUGUAUAUGAGCUCCUUUUACAAAGAAUACCUUUCGAUUAUCAUUGCCAGAAAUGGAAGUUUGCAGAUAAGGUAUAAGCUAAAUAAAUAUCAAGAACCUGAUAUUGUUAACUUUGACUUGAAAAACAUGGCCGAUGGACAACUUCACCAUAUAAAGCUCAACAGGGAAGAAGACAUGCUUUUUGUAGAGAUUGACGAGAGUACAAGAAGAGGAGUCCGUCUGUCGUCAGGCACAGAAUUCAGUGCAGUGAAAUCUCUAGUACUGGGCAGGAUUUUAGAACACAGUGGUGUGGACCAGGACACAGCACUGGCUGCGGCCCAAGGCUUCACUGGCUGCCUCUCGGCGGUGCGGUUUGGCCACGUAGCUCCUCUGAAGGCUGCUCUGCACCCCAGCCACCCAGCCCCCGUCACCAUCACAGGACACGUGACCGAGUCCAGCUGUGUGGCCCAAGCUGGCACAGAUGCCACCUCAAGGGAAAGAACCCAUUCAUUUACAGAUCAUUCUGGAACACUGGAUGACAGAGAACCUCUCACUAAUGCCAUCAAAAGUGACUCUGCUGUCAUUGGAGGUUUGAUAGCUGUCGUGAUCUUUAUCUUGCUCUGCAUCACUGCCAUAGCCAUUCGAAUUUAUCAGCAGAAAAGGUUAUACAAAAGAAAUGAGACAAAAAGGUCAGAAAACGUAGACAGUGCCCAGGCUGUUUUGAAAAGCGAGCUUAAUAUACAAAAUACAGUCAAUGAAAAUCAGAAAGAGUACUUCUUCUGAAUGACAGCUCGUAUCCGAGUCCAAAUGAGGACAGUUGAUUUUAAUAGCCAGGGGACCUCAAUGGACAAGAACUGUUCUUAUGCUGAAUGUUCAGGCAAUGGAUUUUUCCCCCCAACACACGUCCAGGCUUGGGAUGGCUCUGAGAGUCUUCAUCCAGUGACAUACUUCGCACUGCAAUCAUUCUGUGUCACUACGGAACUAGAGAUUGUUCUUCAUUUACAACUCUGAUCUCUAACAAGGUUCACUGAAUGACUGACCGCACUGAAAACUGUAGCCUUUGUGUCCACGGUGUAAAACCUAAAUGUCGUUAGAGGUAAGAAAUCGAAAUUGGACUAUAAUGACCUGGCUUUCUUUGAGAACAUAUUCUGUGUUUGCUUUAGUCUUCUCAUGGUGUUGCUCAUAGACCUGGAAAUGCUUGUAAGAUCCUGUUUGGCUGGUGUUUGCAUCCUAAUGGCCAAGAGUAUAUAAAGCCCUUUUGCCUUUCUCUGUAUUCCAUUCAAUACACCAAUCACCUGGGGAAAAACGUUUUGUUGUCUUUGGCUUGUGUAUAUCGCUCUUUCUCUGUUUGACUCUUCCUAAUGGUUUUGAACACAUUUGGUUUUAAGUGUCUGGCUUUGACUCUGAAUAUGAGAUUUAUAUGUAACCAAACCAAACCAACCAAACCCCAGACAGUACAGUGGGUUUUUUUUUAAAUCAGUAUGUGAUGUCUUACCUUUCCAGAGUUUUCUGUUUAAUUUGUUAUCAUUGCUUGAUGGUGGCAAUAGUUAAAAUCCCAAAUAAUACCAAUUUCCCAAAGACUAUAAAUUGUUUUCAAUUAAACCUGUUGAUACAAAAAAUUCUUCACAUAGCAAAGGCAUUCUUUUUAAUGACAACAAUAAUACCUCAAAGGAAACAUACUUCUGAGAAUAUUUUCCCCAAACUUUUAAGUCAGUUUUUUUUUGCUAGGGUAUUAUUUCUGUUUUUCUAAAGUUUAUCAUCAAUUUUCCUUUGAUCUCCCAUGAUUAUAUUCCAUGGGCCAUCUUCUUAUAGAUUAGCAGAAAAGAGACAAAUUCAAGUGUAAGCUUUUCAUCCCCUAUUUUAACAUACAACUCCCUUUAGGCAUGAAUUUUGAUGUUCACCAACCUCCAGUAU